AUGGGAAACAGCAAGGUUCUUGUGGUAGGUGGUACUGGGUACGUCGGGAGAAGGAUUGUUAGGGCAAACCUUGCCUCGGGUCACCCAACAUACGUCCUUCAAAGGCCAGAGAUCGGCCUUGAUAUUGAGAAGCUGCAGAUGCUCUUGGGCUUCAAGAAGCAAGGGGCUCACCUUGUGGAGGGCUCCUUUUCUCAUCUCCAAAGCCUUGUUCGAGCUGUCAAGCUUGUCGAUGUUGUAAUUUGUACCAUGUCUGGGGUGCAUUUUCGGAGUCACAAUCUUUUGUUGCAGCUCAAGCUUGUUGAAGCUAUCAAAGAAGCUGGAAAUAUUAAGGCAAAGCCAUUACACAAUGGACUAUUUAUAAUACUCUCAAACCACUGCCAGUUAGCAGAAUCUAACAGACUUUCCUAA